AUGGCCACAAUUUGCAAUGACAGUCGCAGUGAUUUCAUCCUCCUGGGCUUUUCUGACAAACCGUAUUUGGAGAAAAUACUUUUUUGGGUCAUUCUGAUCUUUUAUUGCUUGACUAUUGCAGGAAAUAUGGUCAUCAUUCUUGUCUCCUCGAAGGAUCCAAAACUGCACAUCCCUAUGUAUUUCUUUCUUUCCAACCUUUCCCUGCUAGAUCUCUCGUUUACCAGCAGCUGUGUUCCACAGAUGUUGCUUAAUCUCUGGGGUCCAGAGAAAACCAUCAGCUAUGUUGGCUGUGCUGUUCAACUCUAUGUAUUCUUGUGGCUUGGGGCCACUGAAUGUGUCCUUCUGGUGGUCAUGGCUGUGGACCGCUAUGUGGCAGUGUGUCAUCCACUGCAAUAUACUACUGUCAUGCACCCAAAACUUUGUCUGCAGCUGGCCAUCCUGGCUUGGGGGAUUGGCCUGAUUCAGUCUCUGAUCCAGUCUCCUGCCACACUUGAGUUACCCUUCUGCUCUCACCGGAUGGUGGAUGACAUUGUCUGUGAAGUUCCAGCCCUGAUUCAGCUCUCUAGUGCAGACACCACCUACAAUGAGAUCCAGAUGUCCACAGCCAGUAUUAUUCUCCUGGUGGUGCCCUUGAUCAUUAUCCUCUCCUCUUACAGUGUUAUUUCCAAGGCUGUGUUGAGGCUAAAGUCAACAGCAGGGCAGAAGAAAGCACUAGGCACAUGCUCUUCUCACCUUCUUGUGGUCUCCCUCUUCUAUGGCACCAUCACUGCUGUCUACCUUCAACCCAAGAAUCACUAUGCUCAUGAGCAUGGCAAAUUUCUCACGCUUUUCUACACUGUAGUCACACCCACUCUUAAUCCUCUCAUCUAUACUCUAAGGAACAAAGAGGUAAAGGGGGCACUAAUAAGAUUAGGGAAGAGGACCUGGAAUUCCUAG